AUGAGACCCCCUAUUCCGAUCUUAUCCGAUUACGGAAUCUCCCCAAAGCAUGGCUUCUUGCCCGACGUCUUGCCUUUGACGAGGCUCCCUGACCCCUAUUACAAUAAAUGGGAGUCGAUCGGCGCCAACUUUCAGAGCUUGAUCCUCAGCAAACGUCUUCGAGGAGUCAUCGACCGUCUCCCCGUCCUCUCCACCGUCGGUCUGGAACAUGACGCAGAAUGGAGGAGAGCCUACAUGCUCCUCACCUUUUUCGCUCAUGGCUACAUCUGGGGAGGUGAAACUCCUUGUGAUCGAGUGCCGCCGAGCAUCUCUGUUCCGCUACUAGAUAUCUGCGAACGCCUUGAAGUUCCGCCCGUGUCAACUUACGCCGCCUCUGUGCUGUGGAACUUCAAGCCUCUCUUUGUUGACGAGGACAUCGACGAUCUUGACAAUAUCGCCACCUUGCUCACCUUUACCGGGUCGCUCGACGAGUCUUGGUUCUAUCUCGUCUCUGUUGCCAUCGAGGCUCGUGGUGGCCCCAUUAUUCCCUUGAUGCUGGCAGCGGUCUCCGCCGCUCGGCAGGGCGAUAGCGCAACCGUGACACGUUGUCUACGCGCCUUCGCCGAGCGCCUCGAUGAUCUUGGCGAACUAUUGCGCCGCAUGCACGAGAGCUGCGACCCUAGCUUCUUCUAUCGCCGCAUCCGCACUUUUCUUGCUGGCAGCAAGAACAUGGCCGAGGCAGGUUUGCCGCAUGGUGUCAUGUAUGACGACGGUUCGGGAAAAUCCGAAUACGUCCAAUACAGCGGACCUAGCAAUGCCCAGAGCAGCCUCAUCCAGUUCUUCGACAUAAUUCUUGGCAUCGAGCAUCGGCCAACGGGUGAGAAGCCCGAUCCGUCGCCAGAAUCAGAACACGAAGGGAGAAGCUUUGUACCGAAGCACAAUUUCAUCCGAGACAUGCGUCGCUACAUGCCGGGAUCGCAUGCUCGCUUCUUGAAUGAUGUCGGCGCUGUCGCCAACAUCCGAGAGUUCGUCGAGAGCCGUGCCGCGUCUGAUCGCUCUCUGAGUAUUGCGUAUGACGCGUGUCUUGCCAUGCUCCGCUCAUUCCGCGAUAUCCACAUUGCUAUUGUCACACGCUACAUCAUUCUGCCCUCUAGGGAGAACAGGGCUCGCAGUCGCUCUCGCAGUCCGGAAGUCGUCAGAAGCCGACAGAAUAUGCCGACCAACCUCGCAACCGCAUCUCGGAAUGAGAAGCAUAAGAAGGUGAAGGGCACCGGCGGGACAGCCCUGAUUCCGUUCCUGAAGCAAGCUCGCGACGAGACUGGUGAACCGUCGGUCGAGGGAUGGGCCAAGAAGUUCAUGAGUCGACAGACCAAAGUCUCCGGCCAGAAUGAUUUCUUCCUUGGGAAGGAAGAGAAGGCCGAGGUCUUGGAUGAACCGCUCGUGGAGCAUGGUCUUGCGGGAACUUGGACUAUGAACGAAGAGUACGGCGGUAUUUGCAACUACUAA